UCGGCUAAUUAUAUGUUAUACAUUCACACGCUGUCUUUUGUUGGCAAUGGUUGGCAUGAAUGACAUCGUCAAUCCCCAAGUAUAAGGUUUCCCUUUAGUCUGCAUGUUAACACGUGGGGGACGCAUGAGCAUAGCGACAUCGUCCUCGCAUUGGCCAUUUUUGGUCUCAAACAUGCUGUUGAUUACUUUGACUAAUGCGGCUAUACUCCGCCGUAAAUAAUGUGAAGUGUUGAUGAUUAUACUUUACCUAAACAAUUCUGCCUGGUUUUAAAGGCUGGCUCUGCACGAUUUUCUGUCUAAUGUAUAGCUUGUUUUGACAGUAUUUUGUUUUUAUUCACAGUUAACGAGUGAGUUGUUUCCAGCUGCUUUGCUCACAACGGGCAUAUGGACGGCAAUAUGGAUAAGUUAGACCGUAUGGCCAAAGACAUCUUAACAGCUGCCAAUGUCGAUAUGGAGGCACUGAAGAUGCUUUCGAGAGAAGAGCUUCGCGACCUCUUCCCAGGGCCUGACCAUUUUUUGCGAAGAAAAUCUAUAUGGGAUCUGUGUCACCCUGUGGAGAAGGCCUCAUGCAGCUCUUCUGCUGCCUCCAUUGAGGUCAGCAACGGAACAGAGUGUGCGGCCACUGGAACCAGUAGUGGGGGAAGUGACAGCAAAGAGGAGGAGAAGAGUUGGGGGACUACAUACAGAACACUUACACUGCCAAGCCCCCAAUACGUGAUAUACACUGAUAGUGAAUUGGAGAAUGUGAAAUCUUACUUUUUUCAAUUGAAAAGACUUGGUAGAGCAGGAGAGUGAGCUGUCCAAAGAGCUAACAUGUAGACUGAUCCGGAAUACAAUUACCAACAUGGUGUCAGCGGUGAGGGCAUUGCACUGUGAAGAGAAGCAGUAUCCAUCGAAGGAGGACCUCGUAGCCAUGGCCAAACGCCUGGUGAUCUACUAUCCCAUGCUCUCUGAUAAGCUCGACAUACAGCGUCCAUGGAUUGAAGUCUACAAACGACUGCAAAAGAGAAUCCACAAUGUUCGAUCACCGAAGAAAAGCCAGGGUGGCACUCCUGCAAGGGGGGAGAGAAAACGAAAACUGAAAUAUACGGAUGCCGAUGACACUGAUGAUUCCACCACAUCUACCAUUCUCUAUACGGCAAGCCCCAGCAGCACCCCUAGCACCCCUGAGGUCCACACUCCGCCCUCCACUCUCCCUGAGGUCCACACCCCAUCAACAAGCACUCCAGUGAAAUAUGCAGCUGUUGGACACGACAGUAGGAUGUCUCAGGCUAGGCACUACAGACAUCUCCAAGAGAUGUGCCGGAAGAAUAAGCAAAACCAAGACGAUGUCUCACAGCUCCUUGAACUUGAAUUUGAGGGAAGAAGGCAGUUCAUCGAUUCGGAGACCCUCAAGGAAGCCGACAGACCUGGCAAAAUCCUUGAGGCCUACUCGUGCUUCAAGAACAUAGACCAUGUUCUUGAGGAGCUGAGACGAAUAGUGGCGAAGGACAACGUGCAUUAUGUGAAAGAGCUGAAGGAGCGCUGGGCAGACUACAGAACCAAACUCUCCUUUUAUGGUGUCUAUAAGAAGGUCCUGAAGCCACCGAUGGGACUACCUGCUGGUAAGGUUUUGCAAUCCUUCUGA